UGACAAUCAGGCACUACUAGGGAAAUUGAAAAGACAAAGAGCAGAAUAUAUGUCUUAUUCUUUUAUUCACCUAAACCAUUAUAUUAUAGAAAAGGACAAAAGUUCAGCUGUGUCCGAACUCUUAUCAAACAAAUACCAUCGUGACUCUAGUUGUUACCAAGUAUUGUGCAACUAUCAACCCUGUGUGAAAGCCCUUUUAUCUAGUUACAGUAGUUACACCAAAGAAUAGUAGCUCUUUGGUUACACUUGAGAUGUUUAUAAGUUGACCACAGACAGUGGUAGGAGAAUCAAGAUUGAUAAACUACUCUAAGGUCGCAUGAUUGUCAGCUGGCGGAAUAGCUAAACGUCCGCCCGCGUAGCAUUAUUCAUCAUAAGUUUGUGUGAUUCACUCAUAUGAGGUUUGUUUAUUAUUUUAAUUUAUUAUUUAUUAGAAUCAUUAGAUAUCUCUGAAUCUCUGGUACAUGAAAAGAAUCAAUGUACCUCUGAGAAUGUUUCAUGAAAAGUGCAGAAAUACUGUGUAUCCGUUCAGUAAAGUUAUAAGGAGUAGUGUUACUGAUGAGCAAGUGCCUUGGAGCUUCCCUUGGAAUAGCUAUGAUCCUCCAGAAUAUAACUCCCAAGUACUGCUGAAUAAACCAUGGGCUGACCCUCCACUUGAUAAUCCCGAUUUCAAACCACAAUGGAACAAAUUGGAUGGGUUGAUCAAUAGAAGAAGUCAUAUGGGAGACUACAAGAUUUCUGAUGGCCGACCAUUGAAUCCUGAAGGUCGAACUGGCAUUAAGGGUCGAGGUGUUCUUGGAAAAUGGGGCCCAAAUCACGCUGCUGACCCUAUAGUAACUAGAUGGAAAUUGGUUGAUAGCAAAAAAUUGUUGGAUCCUUCAACAAACCUCCCUAUUCUGCAAUUCUGUUCAAUUCAGAGGAGAGACUGCAAACAGUGGGCUUUGCCAGGUGGUAUGGUUGAUCCUGGGGAAAAAGUAACAGAAACUCUUCAAAGGGAAUUUCUAGAAGAAGCUUUGAAUAGUCUAGAAGCUUCAGAAGAACAAAGAGAAAAUGAUGCAAAAAUCAUCAAAUUAUUUUUUUCUGGAGGUGUAACAAUUUAUGAAGGUUAUGUAGAUGAUCCCAGGAAUACCGACAAUGCAUGGAUGGAAACGGUAGCCGUUAAUUUCCACGAUGAAACCGGAGAAGUUGUAGGGAAAUUUGAUCUGAAGGCCGGUGAUGAUGCUCAACAUGUACAAUGGGUUGAUAUACACAAGGAUUUGGAAUUGUAUGCAAGUCACUCAAAUUUAAUAAAGUCCGUUGUGCAGAAACUACAAGCACAUUGGUGAAAUUUUUACAUUAUACAUAUAACCACAACCGACUAAUCAGCCAAGAUUAAAGAUGAAGAUGAAGUAUCA